AUGUCUUCCUUCUUCUACUCAACCAAAACCGCGAAAAAGGAGCACUAUCCCAUCCCAGAAGCUCUCGAUACGCAACAUGUCCUCGGCAUCUUACACGACCAUUCCGUGCUCGCGCAGGUGUUUUGGCCCACUGAAGUGCUCGAGGAAAAACGUACAGACUCGCGUUCAACCACGUACACCAUCGGUCCGUCAAACGCGACUACCAAAGCCACAUUAACGUCACAAGGGGACGGAGUCAUCUGUUCGGAAGAAAUGCCCCUCGGCCUCCAAUUCACAGUGACCUACCGAAUCGUUUCCCCCCAGGAAAACUCUCAGAAGGAGACUACCAAAGAAACCGAGCUUGUUGAGGCCGAAUCUACUUCCAGUCUCCUAAACUCGACCAUUCCCCUGACAGAGCAUCGGCUGUACGUGGAAGAAGAGAGGAGUGUGCUUGCACUCAAGCCGCUGUCCAAGAUAAUAAAUAUGAGUGAAGGGCCGAUUGUGAAAACGCAAAACUUGACAAUGGUUUUGGAGGAGUUGGGUCGGAAUGGAAUGGAUAUGGCAUCUGCUUUGGCAAUCCUGAAAGGCUCAUUAUCGCCGGAUUGCGCACGAGAGCUGGAAAAACGUAAGGAAGAAUAA